AUGUCUCGCUGUGAUGAGUUUUGGGCCUUCAAGGUUGAGGAAGAAAAUGAGGAUGCCCAGGAUGGCCAGCAUCUGGAGAGGGCUCAGCUGUCCAAGGCUGAGAUGGGGAUGGCUGAAUUGCCCUCCUCCACCACUGCCACCGUCCACGUUGAGGGCACCCUGGGGGAGGUGGCAGCUGCUCAAGUCUUCCAUGAAGUCAAAGGUCCUCAGGAUCGUCUGGCCAUGGCCCAUCACUUCCAGGUGGACAUGGCCGAAGAGCUCGACAGCCAUCCCAAAAGUAGCAGUGCCAGCAGCCACAAAGGGAAAGGCCUAGAAGGUCGGGAGGAGCCAAGCCAAGUUGGGGCCUGCCUCCAGGAGGCGUUGCAUGACAAGAUGUCUAAUCUGGUGGGGUUCCUUCUCCUCAAGUACCGCACUAAGCAGCUGACCAUGAAGUAUGCAAUGCUGAGAACCAUCCUCAACAAUGAUGAAGAGAAAUUCUCUUUCUUCCUAAGCCAGGUGUCUGAGUGCACGCAGUUGCUCUUUGGCAUCGAUGUGAAGGAAAUCAACCCCGAAAUUCAUAGCUAUGUGUUGGUCACCACCUUGGGCCUCAUUUAUCAUGGCAUGGUGGGCCCUAGGCAAACCAUGUCCAAUACCGGCCUGCUGGUGAUGGUCCUGGGGCUCAUCCUUCUGGAGAAUGAUUGUGCCUCUGAGCAGGUUGUCUGGGAACAGUUAGGUCUGAUGGGAGUUCAUCCGGGGAGGAGGCACUUCAUUUAUGGGGAGCCCAAGGAGCUCCUCACCAAUGUGUGGGUGCAGAACCGGUAUCUCGAUUACCGGCGGGAGCCUGGAAGUUACCGAGCCCGAUAUCAGUUCCUGUGGGGCCCCAGUGCCCACACAGAAAUUCGCAAGGUGGAAGUCAUGGAGUUUUUCCUCAAUAUCUUUGAGAGUGAUAAUAGGUUCCUCACGUUCUUAACAGAUCAGCCUCAUUCCAUAGACAAAGAAGAAGUGGACUGA